AUGUCAACGUUAUACCAAACAAAGUGCCCGCAGGUGUCACUUGGUGCCAACGCGCCAGGCAAGAGCAGCGGAGACAACGGGCGAGUUGAGCCAACAAUGAAAGCGACGGCAGAACGGGAAGGCUUCCGCUUUCUGCGAAGUGAACAUGAUUUUUGGUUGUGUCUCUCUUUUAUGGCUGUGAGUCGUCGACGGUGGUGGUGGUGGCGACGCCGUCGGGUCUGGCCUAUCGUGGCGGUGGCAAGAUUCGGCUUCGGAAAGCGUUGUGCUGCUGCAGAGCGGCGGCUGUAG